GCGGCAUCCAACGCAGUAUCUUGCGAGACCCCAUCGGAGCUAGUUUCGAAUCUGGUUUGCGCGUCGGAAGUCACAACGUGUUCAAGGCAUUACAUACCUUAAUACCUAUUCCGCGAGUGACGCAUCGUGCCCGGAAGGUGCAACGACAAAACGGAGAUUUUCUCAUCCCAAUAACGGAGACGUGUGAGGUCAUUUCCUUCGCCAGUACUGUGUGCAGUGCAAUUCGAGAAACAGUUAUUGCUGCAGUCUAGUAAUCCUUGGAAAAACAAAAAGGAGCACCAGAUUAGGUCAUCAGUGGCUAGACAGUAGGCGCCUGCUCCGAUCGAUUGUUUUCCUCCAGUGACCGAAAGAACGUAGCAGAGUUCAACGAACAUGUUCAGCGGAUUCACAGCUUCCCUGAAGAACCUCGGCAGCAAGGCCGAAGGUCUCUUCGACAAGAAGAAAAAGGAAGCCCAGGACAUGGCCAACGAGAAGGUGCAAACGGCCCAGAGCAUGGCCGAGGAUCAGGCCAAAAAGACCCAGGAUGCCUUCAACCAGACCAAACAGGAAGCGGAGAGCUUGGCCAGUUCGGCCAAGAGCGAAGCCGAAGCCACCAAACAGCAGGCGGCGGCCGUUGCCGAAGGAACCGCCCAGGCCGCUGGCACGCUGAUGGACCACGCCAAGCAGGCCGCCGAGAAUGCCGCCCAGCAGAGCGCCCAGGUGGUCGAGAAGGCCAUCGAAGACCAGAUGAAGGUCGCCGAGGAGAAGAUCGACGAGGGCAUGAAGACCGUCAGUAACGAGGUGGAUAAGAAGCUUCAAGAUGCUAACAAGUACGCCGAUGAAAAACGUGGAGAAUUGGUUCAGAACGUCAACGAUGGCGUCGCCAAGGCUCAGGAAACGGCCACGUCAACGGCUACCAACCUGCUGGGUAAAAUGAACCUUGGAAAGUAAUUGAACUACCUUGUUCUGUACCCACCUUGUCCUGCGUGAACCGAACCCAAGAUUCAAACCUUUGAAUCUCCAACAAUGAUAUUACUUUUAGGAAAAAAGAUAAUCUAAUCAUGAUCUAAUGAUAUAAACUACUUGUUACCGUUAGGGUAAAUGCAGCUUCAUAUUAUAUCUUUAAGAACUUUUACUAUUACGAAACAAAACAAAAACUUUUGAAGUUAAUCUACACAAAAACACACGAAACAGAAACAUACAAUGCACAGAAAAAAAAAACACGUUUAACCAUUUUUGCGCUUUUCUAAGCGACGACAAGUUCAAAGCAAAAGGCCUUAAAUUCAAUCGUUCAAACUGAAAUUAUACGAGAAUCUCACCCGCCAGAAGCCUCGAAGCUAGCAAAAUACGUGAUGCAGAAGAUAGAUAGAUCAAACAACAUUUCGCUAAAGCGCCAGGCAGCAUACCAACAACGUCUCUUAGAGAUCUGUUUUCGAUCGUUGAAUCAAAUUUUUCGCGAAAGCGCAACACGGCGCGAAUUUUAACUUUUGAAAAGUUUAUAGAACAAUCGUCAAUCAAUACGCAACACCACGGGAAGACGGGAGAAGGAUUUCUACACAGAGUUCUACGACGAAGGGAAAUUUCGCAUUUGCGAACGGAAUUCGAGAGCUUUUUCGUCCAAUAUUUACUUCUUUUUUCGAUACAAAUUGUAGAUUUUAGAGCAGAUGCUGGAAGAAUCCGCUAAAAGCGGCGAUAUAUGAUGUUGAAAUAAAUGUUACCAAACCAA